AGCGGUGCCCGCGAGUGGCGCAGGUCCCGGGAGCGGUGCAGUGCGGAGCGGGCACUGCCAUGGAACCGGAGGCUGCGGAAGAGCAGAGCGCAGGGGGUCCGGCCCGGAGCAGCGGAGCGCAGGUUCAGCAGCAGCAUCACUGCAACUGUCAGCACAGGAAGCAAUGUGUGCACAAACACUGCUGGCACAGCCACCAGAGCCAGACCGCAGACUACCAGGUGAACACUAGUGAUUUCCAUCGUUUGCACCAUGCUGGAUCCAAACACAGUUUCAGCGAGAAUAACCCUUUCACUGAGAUAGCCAUGACCAGCUGCAAGUAUAAUGGAGGGGUGGUCAGGCCCCUCAGUAGCCUCGGCACCUCAAACAGGAACCUUCAUGACCUGGACUCAGAGACUCAGCCUCUACAAACCAAUUCGGGCCUGGAGGUGGUAGUCUCCAAACCAUAUCAGAACAAUAUCUCCAAUGACAGUCUGGUCAACGAAGGCAGAAAAUCACCGAAAAAGUCGCAGAAUAUUGGCCAUAAACUUGGACAUAGGAGGGCUCUGUUUGAGAAAAGGAAACGCCUGAGUGAUUAUGCGCUGAUAUUUGGAAUGUUUGGGAUUGUUGUUAUGGUGACAGAGACAGAAUUGUCAUGGGGAGUUUAUACCAAGUGCUUGAAACUCUCCAUUCUGCCCUCCAACACUGUGCUCAAGUGUGUGUCUGAGGCGUCACUAUAUUCCCUCGCACUCAAAUGCCUUAUCAGCCUCUCCACUGUAAUAUUACUGGGUCUCAUUAUUGUGUAUCAUGCCCGGGAGAUUCAGCUCUUCAUGGUUGACAAUGGAGCUGACGAUUGGAGAAUAGCCAUGACCUACGAAAGGAUAUUUUUCAUCUGCCUGGAGUUGCUUGUGUGUGCGAUUCACCCAAUUCCUGGGCAGUACAUCUUCACAUGGACCGCACGUCUCGCCUUCACUUAUACAACGUCAAUGGCCAAUGCAGACGUGGACAUUAUCCUCUCCAUCCCCAUGUUCCUCAGACUCUAUCUGAUUGCCAGGGUGAUGUUGCUCCACAGUAAACUAUUCACAGACGCCUCAUCUCGAAGCAUUGGAGCCCUCAACAAGAUAAACUUCAAUACUCGCUUUGUAAUGAAGACUCUCAUGACAAUUUGCCCAGGGACCGUGCUCCUGGUCUUUAGUAUCUCUUCGUGGAUUAUAGCUGCAUGGACUGUGCGUGUGUGCGAAAGAUACCAUGAUAAACAGGAAGUCACAAGCAACUUUUUGGGAGCAAUGUGGCUAAUCUCAAUCACGUUUCUGUCGAUUGGAUAUGGGGAUAUGGUGCCUCAUACAUACUGCGGGAAGGGGGUCUGCCUGCUCACGGGGAUUAUGGGAGCUGGGUGCACGGCGCUUGUGGUGGCUGUGGUCGCACGAAAGCUAGAACUUACCAAAGCCGAGAAACACGUGCAUAACUUCAUGAUGGACACGCAGCUAACAAAGCGGGUAAAAAACACUGCUGCCAAUGUACUCAGGGAAACGUGGCUGAUUUACAAACACACCAAACUGGUAAAGAAGAUUGACCACGCCAAAGUCCGUAAACACCAACGGAAAUUUCUUCAAGCCAUUCAUCAAGGCCAGAAAUUAAGAGGUGUUAAAAUGGAGCAGAGGAAGUUAAAUGAUCAAGCAAAUACACUGGUGGAUCUGGCCAAGACACAGAACGUGAUGUACGACAUCCUGUCGGAGCUGCAGGAGAAGAAUGAAGACUUGGAGAAAAGGAUUGUGACGCUGGAGACCAAACUGGACUCACUAACUGUCAGCCUGCAGGCAUUGCCGGCACUGAUCACCCAGGCAGUUGGCCAACAGCAGCGUGACCUCUUUGAGACUCACAUGCACAGGUUUAAACCGGUGACUUACAGCUCAGAGAAGUCAUGGACGCCAAGCCGAAGGCGCCGCUCCCCAUCGACAGCACCACAUACAUCUUCUGACAGUAGCUAGGGGCCUUUCAGAAGUCGAUGAUCUGAUCUCACUUGGCCAUUGUAUGGCUUACAAUGUUAGCUUUUUUCUAUAAAGCCAUCUCUAAUUUAUAAGUUUGGUUUUAGGAUACCAGAGUGAAGCUGCAGGUUACCAUUAAUAUUUAAAAGGGUAAAGCAGCUCCCUAGGCUUUUGCCAAGGGGUUCGGGGCCAGUAUAUCUAGGUUGAAGCCAUCUCCCUCAAGCAUUGUCUUUUCCAACCCUCCCCUCCCACCCACCCACUAAUACAGCCAAGUUCUGGUGACCUGCAUUGAGUGUUGUACUCUCUGAGCAAGAUCACCCCAGUCUGCAGCUCAGGAUACUAUCUGAGAAUUAAAUAGUUUAAUUCUCUAUUAAGCUACACGAUUCAAUAGAGAAAAGAUUAGAGAAGGAUCGUGGGAAGAUCCUGUUAUUCCACAGGCUCUGGAAUACUUCUCACUUCCUGCUGAGGAAUUGAUUCUCUUUAUCAGGGUGAAUGCUGGUUAACAGGUAAUGGCCACACAGACAGUCUGUGAGCACGAUGCUGUCUCUACAUCACCCAAAUAGCUUGUGCUCAAGUACUUCUGGUAGUUCCCACUAUAGUCAGAGAGAAUCUUGGAAUGGUGCUUGUUUACUACAUGACCAUGUCCAAGUUGUAGCCUGAGAUAAAGCAGCAGUGGGCACUGAAGUCUCCCUCAGCAGACCUUCAGCCAGAGGGUAAUGGUGAUCCAAAACUGCUCCCCCCAGUCAUGAAACAAUGACCAAGCUCUGCCUUGUGGAGGAUGAGGAACUACCAGGAUAGGGCUGUGAUGGUGUGACCCCCUGCAGCCUCUCAACAGGCUGGAUUUGCAACAACUUUCAUUAAUAUAAUGUCUUUAAUGUCGUGAGAUAUAGCAAGAUGCUUUACUGGAGAGAUCCAAAUGAAAGUUGACACCAAGCCUCAUGAGGAUAGGUCGUUAAAGGUUUGCUCAAAGGCAUAGGGUUUGCAGAGUCUCAGGACAGAGUAGAGAGAGCUGGAGAGGCUGGGGGAGGGAAUAUUAGAGUUUAGGGAGCAUGCAGCUGAAAGCACAGCUGCUAACGGUGGAGUGAUGGAAAUCAGGAUGAUGCAGGAUGCCACAAUUUGAGGAGAGAAGAGACCUUGGAGGGUUGUGAGCUUCAGGAGAUUACGUAGAAAGGGAGUUAGGGUUAUAUGAAAAUAAGGAUGAGAAUUUAAACAUUGAGGUGUUAUUGAGCUAGCAGCGAAUGCAGAUCUGUAGAGGGGAUGGGUGAACAGGAUUUGGUGUGAUGCAUGAAUAGUGACUUGGAGUAUUACCAACUGCCUGCCCACAACUGGCAUGUGCUGGGGGUGAAACUGGUCUUCGGUGACUGUGAAGUCACAGUCUAUUUGACACCAUGUCUGAUUCCCAGCUUUACACUGUGUGCUAUUAUUGCAAACUGAUUUCAUCCCAAUUGACAGAUGAAAAGUAGGAAAUGAGAUUGGGCAUUAGGCACAGUUUGGAGUUCAGGUCGUUGAUGAUGUGUUUAUCUUGGACAAAGUCGAUUUUUAAAUAUUGCUGAAUUUUGCCAUUUACCCCACAAGGAUGGUGUAGUGGCUCAUUGGUUAGCACUGCUGCCUCACUGCGCCAGGGACCUGGCUUCAAUUCCACCC